CAAUUUUGUUCCACCAACCACAGAUUUCACAAAUUGCACCUGCUAGAGUGCUAGAUACCACUUUCACCAUUUUUUAUGACCAAAAUAUAUUGAAAGACCCCUCAGUACUUACCCUACAGGGUUAAGGUAACCAUUUCUAGGACAACUAGAUACCAAUUAUGUUUGUGUACUCAGUAAAAGAAUUUACAAUAUACUAAGAGUUACAAGGUUAUCCACUGAUACUAAAAAAAUGUAAUUACAGAAAAUUACUGGGGGUGCUAAAAAUAUAUUAAUUAAAAAUUUCAAUUAAUUGAAUAAGUUUCAUAAAAAAUUCAAGAAAGAUUUGUAACACAUUAAAUAAAUUAAUAUCUAUUUUAGUUUCUUAAAUUAUAAACAUUAAUCACUUUAAUUUAUAAUUUUGCAAAAAAAAAACUUAUUUUAACUUAAACAUUUUAACAAUAACUCAAUUGAGUCUUUAUUUAUUUUCUUUAUCAUUUUAUAUAAAAAAUAAAUAAUAUUUUAUCAAAUUUAAGGGAAAAAAAAAUUCUAAAAUCAAAUAUUGAAAUAACUGAUGCUUGUAAUUUAAAACAUUAAAUCAUAAUUUACCCCCGAAUAAAACUCACUAUUGGGUAGGUAAUUGAACCCACCAACAUCCCAUCUCAGUAUAAAUUUUCCCCACUUGAGAUUCAGAUCUUUGCCAUAAACAUUUCCGACUCCAUAGACAUUAAAAGAACACACCAAACUCUGCACAAACAAACUCUCUCUCACUCUCUCUCCUCUGAAACAAAACAAAAACUCGGUAAGCAUCACCAUGCCGAUGGCAACUUCACCUCACACUCACCUCCUCCACAACCCCACCAACAUCAACAAUCACCGUAACAACAACAACCCUUUUCCCAUCUUCACCCCCAAACGCAUCUCCUUCAAACCCACAUCCAUCAAAUGCGCCACCCAAGUCCAGACCCAAUCUCCACCUCUCACCCAAGGCCAAGAUCGGGUCUUUAACUUCGCCGCCGGUCCGGCCACCUUGCCGGAAAAGGUGCUUCUCCGGGCACAAUCGGAACUUUACAUCUGGCGCGGAUCCGGCAUGAGCGUCAUGGAGAUGAGUCACAGAGGAAAAGAAUUUCUCUCCAUAAUCCAAAAAGCGGAAGCGGAUCUACGCACUCUCUUGCAGAUCCCGUCGGAAUAUUCCGUUCUCUUUCUCCAGGGUGGCGCCACCUCCCAGUUUGCCGCCGUGCCGUUGAACCUCUGCACCCCAAACGACGCCGUUGAUUAUGUUGUGACUGGUUCAUGGAGUGACAAGGCCUUCAAGGAGGCACAGAAGUACUGUAAACCCAAGGUGAUCUGGUCUGGGAAACCUGAGAAGUACACAAAUAUUCCGUCUUUUGAUGAUUUGGAGCAGAACCCUGAUUCUGGGUAUUUGCAUAUUUGUGCCAAUGAGACUAUUCAUGGGGUUGAGUUUAAGGAUUACCCUACUCCCAAGAAUAAAAAUGGGAUUUUGGUGGCUGAUAUGUCUUCUAAUUUUUGUUCCAAGCCUGUUGAUGUGUCCAAAUUUGGGGUUAUUUAUGCUGGGGCCCAGAAGAAUGUGGGGCCCUCUGGUGUCACCAUUGUGAUCAUCAGGAAGGACUUGAUUGGGAAUGCUCAAGCUGUGACUCCUGUGAUGUUUGAUUAUAAGAUCCAUCAUGAGAACAGUUCACUUUACAAUACCCCUCCUUGUUAUGGUAUUUACAUGUGUGGUUUGGUGUUUGAGGACUUGUUGGAACAAGGGGGUUUGAAGGAGGUUGAAAAGAAUAACAAGAAGAAAGCUGAGAUUCUCUAUAAUGUCAUUGAUGGGAGCAAUGGGUUUUAUAGGUGCCCGGUUGAGAGGUCAGUGAGGUCUUUGAUGAAUGUGCCUUUUACUUUGGAGAAAUCUGAGUUGGAGAGUGAGUUUAUCAAGGAGGCUGCUAAGGAAAAGAUGGUUCAGCUCAAAGGACAUAGGUCAGUGGGAGGAAUGAGAGCAUCCAUUUACAAUGCUAUGCCUUUGGCUGGGGUUGAGAAGUUGGUGGCUUUCAUGAAGGAUUUCCAAGCCAGGCAUGCUUAGAGGAGGAAGCUGAAAUACUUGCAUAAAUCUAUUGAUCCCAAGUUGGGGUGUGUUGUUUUGAUGUGUCAUUAGAGAGCACACUACUUGGGUACAUUAGCUUUUUUAUGUGAGCAUUUCUUUGCCAUCCAUAAAGGGUCACUAUAAUUCAAAAAUGUCUUUUGUCAGUUUUUGCUUUCUUUAUUUAGUUAGCUGUCUCUUUUGUCACUUUAUAGUGCCAUGUUUUGAUAUUCAAAUUUGGGUCGGCAAGCAGUGUUUUCAUUGCACUUUACCGUUGUCGACUACAAGUUUAGUAAUAUAGUUCGAUUUAUUGAUGUAUCCUCUACAAGUUUGUAUGGGUUGAGUCCCAUGUGAUAUUUUCCUGGAUGUAACAUGAAGUAUAUGCUCAAUAAAUUAAAUGAGGAUGGAAACGUAGAACCACUGUGUUAUAUUAUGCACAAACUACAAAUCCCUUGAUUUGCACUACAACGUUUAAGGGAUGGAGAAGUUCUUGUAUGUAUGUAUUUAUUUAUAAUAACGGGUAAUUUGUGCAUUGAAUCAAUCAGAGUUUUCAAUCGUGUUACACGUGUAAGAGUUUCUGUCUUGUAAUAAUUUUUAAAUUCAUUGUUUAUUUUUUAUUCAGCAAUUAUAUUCACACACACACAAAAAUUAUAUCAUUUUUCUACCUUAUAUUUUGUGUUUUUUUUUCGCUAUUCUGUUUUAUUUCUUAUCAUAUUACGUUAUUAAUCACAUUUUUAUUUUUUUUUCUUUCUACCUCUCUUGUUUCCACGUUAUACACAAAUACUAUCCUUUCUUAUUCUAGUGAUUCCCAACUUUUCGGCUCUUUCUAUUGUCUCGUUGCUGCCAUACCAUGCAAACAAGCGAUCAGCAAUUCAGCAUCUAGGAUCAAGCAAAGGAAGUAAUAGAAUGAAAGCUCAAACUUGUAAUUAAAAUGACUAACGAGAGACGAGCCCCACUAACUAGGAGGUGAUACAAUGAAUUUAAAAUUCUACAUAAGUAAGAAUUUGAUAAUUUUUAUGCCCCAUGGCAAAUAUCUAUUUCAUUUAUUGUAUAAAUAAGAAAAUUAGAGGCUACAACACUUUCUGCUAGCCCACUACUUUGGUAACUAUCCCCAGUCUGAUGUAGUUUUGUUUUUUCUUUUUUUCCUUCUUUCCUAAUCACCAAAAGAAAAUGAAAAAUUCAAGGGAAGAACGGAAAUAGAGGUGAGUUAAAACUUUUUCUUGUUGAAGGAAGAAAACAAAGUUUCUUUGCCCUUCGGACAUGUGCGUGAUUAUUUGAUAAUU